UCUUUAGUGUGCGAGGACCACUUUGAACCUGAAUGCUACGAAAGGAACAUGCAGGCAGAGCUUCUGGGGUAUGAAUGCAACAUUGCAAGACGAGGCUAACCUGACGCGAUGUCAACAAUAUUUGCUCACAGCAAAGGUUUGGAAUGAAAACCAGCAGACACAGGGGGUGCCCAGGACCGAGUUUGAGAACCCCUGGUUUAGCACAAUGAAAUCAUCAAAAGAAACUAGAGAAAGAACUUCAGUCAAACUGACAUCAUAUAACGCAAAAUUCUGCGAACCAGAGUGGUUUUGUGAAGAAAUAACGACAGAAGAUGAACUUGAAAGGCAGAAAGCCUUUAAGUUUCGAGGGGAUCUGGCGUACAGACGCCAGGACUUUCAGAAAGCGCUGUGUGAAUACUCAAGCUGCUUAAUGCUGGUGCCGGAGGGUAACAUUGCCAUCAGGCGAGAUGUACUAGAGGGGCUGGCUCGAAGCUUCUGUCAGGUGGGCAGUCAUGGAGAAGCUAUGCAGAUAGCUGAGCAACUGAGGAGUGAGGCAACCAACAGCAGUCACCUUACAGUUGUGUUAAACCUUGAAGUGACCAUCUAUCGGAGCACUGGAGACCUGAGAGAGGAGUUUUCUAGUUUACAACAGCUUGUAUCUUUAUACCCUUAUAACCACUGGCACUGGAAGAAACUGGCAAUGGCUUACAUGAACCAGCUUCAGUCUCUGUCUUCCCCAUCAUCAUUAAGGACUACAACAAAUGAGCCCAAACCACAUCAAGCACAAAAUGGUGGGUCGGAGGAAAUGGUUGAUGCUAAGGUCACAGCGUGCCCGACAACAUACAGAGAAAACGGAAAGUAUGUGAAGCCUCAGUGUAGCAGGAAGGCUACAGAGGAUCUGUUGUGCAAGUCAAACAGAAUAAGUCCCAUAGAAGGAAAAGCAAACACACAGGAACAAAUCCCAUGGAACUGUCAGGGUCAUGAAGAGAUGAAAGAUAUCUGGCUAAGGACAUGCAUAUGUUUUGUAAGAGCAAGGCUGCUGUUCUGCAUGGUCAAGUUCCAGCAGUCCUCAUUUGUCUCUGAAAGAAACAAAAGAGCCCAGGAGGAGAUUGAUAGGAUACUCCACGACCUACAACUGAAGGAAGAGACACUUCACCUCAUUACAGAGGUGAUGGGAGAAGACCUUGUUGUAGAAAAGUUAAAAGAGGAAAGUCAGGAUGCUGAAAAUUCCUCCUCGCUGGCCUGUCUACAGGUGCUGUCAGGCCCUAUGUUUGAGGAGAAGUGGUUUGGCAAGAUCCGAGAGACAGUCCUGUCUGGAGAAGGGACAGAAUGCUGUCGGUAGAUGAUGAUGCUGAAGAGAACGAAUGUAGCUUUGUCAAAUACUUCAUGGAAUAGAAUGUCUGCCAUUUUCAGAAAUGUUUUGUACACUGAUCAUUAGAGGAGGUCGCAUGAUGUGUUUAACUAAAAGAUCAUGGGGGGGGGAACCCCUCAUUUCUAAAAUAGCAAAAUUAGUUUGCAACAAAUACAAAAAAAAGAGAUGCAACAUAUGUCUUUUGUAUGCUGACCUUUUUUAACCUGUAAUUUUAUGACCUUGUGCUGUUUUUUUUAAAAAUUAAAACUGCCUUUUAGCUCUG